CGCACCUAUACUGAAACCCGCGCGCCAAGUCUUUUCAUAUAUUGCACGACCAUCCACAUCCCAGCAUCUCCUUCCGGUCGCCUACGGAAGUGCUCUGGAGCGUUCAUCUCCCGUGCUUGCAGCAGAUCUACCGGGAGCACGGGUAUGUACCUGCCUAUUUCAUGUGAUGAUGAAGACCGGAAGCUCCGGACGUCGACAUGAUGGGCAGGUGGGAGAUGGCACAUUACGACUACUUAGGUACCUGAGUACCGCGAAGCAUAAAGAGUGCCUUCCGCACCAGUCGCAGAAGUACAACACCGCUCUGGCAUCUGGUCGUUGCAACCUCCACCAUCAUGAAAUCUAUUCUUACCUCCGCCCUCCUCCUCUCCACCGCCCUUGGCACGGUCGUCCCAAGGGCCGGCAAGAAGGUCGAUUACAACGGCUUCAAGGUGCUCCGCGUCGCUUCCACCGAUGAUGUCAAGGCUCAGAUUGAAAACUUGGCCGCUCAUGUCCUCAACCCGGGCAGGUCCGCGCAACUCGAUGUCGUCGUGUCACCAGAUAACAUCGAUGCCCUGACCGCACUGGUGUCGGAAAGCCAGGUCUUGAACGAGGAUGUUGGCGCUGCCCUGGCAGAAGAAGGCGAGGUUACGGCUUAUGCCGUCCCGAGCGAGAGCUGGUUCACUGCGUACCACCCGUAUGCCGACCAUCUUCAGUUCUUGAGGGAUCUACAAGCUGGUUACACUACCCAGUCUGAAAUUGUUACUGUUGGAACAUCGGUUCAGGGACGAGUCCUGACGGGAAUCCACAUCUGGGGUAGCGGAGGGAAAGGAUCGAAGCCUGCGGUGAUUAUCCACGGCAACGUUCACGCGAGGGAGUGGAUUACGUCGGUGACUACGGAGUACUUCGCAUGGCAACUCCUCACCAAGUACGCCUCGGACGCUUCUGUAAAGGCGCUGGUGGACAAGUUCGAUUUCUACAUCACGCCCAUUGUCAACCCCGAUGGUUUCGUUUACACUCAAACGACUGAUCGUCUGUGGCGCAAGAAUCGACAGACAGUGAGCGGAAACAGCUGUGUCGGUCGGGACAUCAACCGGAACUGGCCCUAUAAGUGGGAGGCGCCUGGGGGUGCAUCUACGGAUCCUUGCUCUGAGACGUACAAGGGCCAGGCUGCUGGUGAUGCUCCUGAGAACCGCGGCCUCAGGACACAGGUUGACUCGCUACGAGCAUCUCGCGGUAUCCGCCUGUAUCUCGAUGUCCAUUCAUACGGACAAUACAUUCUGUGGCCUUACGGUUACGACUGCAAUCUCCGCGCUGAGAACGAUGCGCAGCACCGUUCGAUCGCAACCCGUGCCCAGACUGCCAUCCGAGCUGUGUCUGGAACCGCGUAUACCAUUGGACCUAGCUGCUCUACUCUCUACGCCACGACUGGCAGCUCGACUGACUACACGGAUGUCACUGGAAACUCGACAUACUCGUACACGUAUGAGCUCCGCGAUAAGGGAACGUACGGCUUCACGCUGCCGGCAAACCAGAUUCAACCCACUGUGCGAGAGACCUGGGCCGGUGUCGUAUCGAUGCUGAAGGAUGCUUAGAAGGUUACUGGUCCUAGAUGAUAUCUCGUUAUCCGUUGAGCUGAAUAUGACCUAACUUCCUACGUCUCUUCCUCUCUCUGUCACUUGACCCCUGUCCACAUUCCACGUAUCUCCUCUUCUCCUGGACGCUCUCUGCUGAGAACAGACGACACUCUCUAUAUUUACCAUCGAC